GCUCUCCAGUCCAGCAGGUGUCAGUGUGGCGUCGCAGAGCCAGAGCAGCAGCGAUUUGUUUUCCUUAGCCGUUAGCAUAUGAAGCGCCUGUAAAAGAUGCCUGUGUCUGUCAUGAUGGCUGAACUUGAUGAAAAGCUGCUGUUGCAGUUUGAAACUCAAGAGCUGGAGGCUCCCGGUGGCAUUGCUACACCUCAGGUGUAUUCUCAAUUACUAGUCUUGUAUCUCAUGCAUAAUGACAUGAAUAAUGCCAGAUAUCUUUGGAAACGGAUACCCCAAGCAAUUAAAACAGCAAACCCAGAGCUGGCGGCUAUAUGGGCGGUAGGACAGCGUAUCUGGCAGCGAGACUUUCCAGGGAUCUACACUGCUAUUGCUGCUUACCAGUGGUCUGAAAGCAUUCUCCCUGUGAUGGAAGCUUUAAGAGCGACCACUGACAUGGAAAUUCAGCGAACUGCCUCUUUGUUGGGGUCUCCUGGCUCCAUGGAGAGCCUUGAGAAACAGCUGAGCUGCCCGAUCUGUCUAGAUAUGUUCACUAAACCGGUGGUGAUCCUGCCCUGUCAACAUAACCUGUGUCGUGGAUGUGCUAGUGAUCUUUAUGACUCUCGAAACCCUUAUCGUUUCUCUGGUGGUGUCUUCCGGUGCCCUACUUGCCGAUUUGAAGUGGUUCUCGAUCGUCAUGGUGUGCAUGGACUUCAGAGAAAUCUUCUAGUUGAGAACAUAAUUGACAUAUACAAACAGCAGCAGGAGGGUGGAGGUGGUGGAAGCACCACAGAAACUUCGAUAAAACCCAAAAGCUCCAAGGAGCCAAUGUGCCAAGAGCAUGAGGACGAGAAGAUCAACAUCUACUGCGUGACUCACCAAACUCCCACUUGCUCCAUGUGUAAGGUAUUUGGCCAACAUAAAGACUGUGAGGUGUCACCACUUGCUAGUGUCUAUCAGGCUCAAAAGGGAGAGCUGAGUAACGCCAUUGAUGCUCUUGUGGCAGGCAACGGUCGCCUUCAGGCGUUGCUCAACCAGAUGGAGGAGGCCUGCACAGCUGUUCAGGACAAUGCUCAACGUGCCAAGCAAAGGCUUGGUGAAUGCUUCGAUUCUCUGUACGCAGCCUUGGAAGAGCGUAAGAAUGCCCUCUUGGAACGUAUUGGCAAGGAGCAGGAUGAGAAGGUAGCUGCCCUCAGAAGUCUGGCUAGGCGUUAUGGGGAUCGUCUUCAGGCAGCCACAGAGUUAACGGACACGGCAGUGCAGGCACUGGAGCAAAGCGGUGCCGCAGAAUUCCUGCAGGCCUCCAAGAACCUGAUUGCCCAGACAAAGGAUGCGGCGAAGAGCUCACUUGCUGAAGAAAGGCCAGAGCCAGGCUUUGAAAGAAUGGACCAUUUCACUCUGGAUACAGAACAUGUGGAGACUUUGUUGUCCAAGAUGGACUUUGGAGCAGAUGAUGAGGAGGAAUUUGAAGAUGCUGAGGAUCAGGAAGAGGAGUAAAUGGGUUGCAGGGAAGGAAGAGUGUCUUAGAGGUUAAAUAGGAUGUGAGGAAGGACAAGAAGAUCAAGCAAGGACGGUGACAGUGAGAAAGAAGAGGAUUUAAUGUUCGUAUAUCACUGCUAAGCAGUGUCAGCAUUUCAACUCUAUCAUCAUAAGAAUACUUCAAAUUAACUAGGUGCCAUUUUUAUACUUUUUAUAAUGUAGUUAAAAUUAUGCUGUUGUCACUUUAGAAGUUAUCUUCAUACUUUCACAUUUGUUUUACUCAGAAAUUGAUCAUUGUUGUCUCAUUUUAUGAUAUGUGGUCAUGUAGUUCCUAUAUGUUCAGUUUACUCGAAUGUGGACUUAAUGCUUUGAUAUCAAAUAAAAAUAUUCAAAUUUGA